CAGGUCGAGACGUCGGUACGUCGGAGAAGGAGCUGAUGUCUGCGUCACGACCGUAGGCCUCACUGCGUCGACCUAAACUACUCUGCCAAAACACUAGCUGGCGGUGGCGUGUGGCGUGCCUUUGCCACUGUUUUGAACUUGUGUUUCUUCUUCGCACAUUUCAAACGAUGGCGACUGAAACGGAGCGGCAUAUGUUGGAGUUGGAACUACUAAAUGUGGAAGAACAGUUACUUUUACUGAAAUUGCUGCAACGCAGAAAAGAGAAAAGACGUCGUAGAUGGUGUGUGCAACCACUGAACCGACUGAGGCCGGAGGAGGGCGAAUUUUCUGUGGUUGUCCGGUCACUGAGAGACAUGGAUGAAGAAAUGCAUUUCAAGUAUUUUCGGAUGUCAGCAUUUAGGUUCGACGAUUUGGUUCGUCGUCUGCAACCAUAUAUCUCACAUCAAUCAACGCACAGUAUGCCAAUAGACAUUACUCAGAGACUGGCAAUCACCCUUCGAGUUUUAGCUUCAGGUGGAAGUCAGCAUGCUGUAGCAGCAAGCUACAAACUGGCUGCAAGCACCCUGUCCUUCAUAGUUUCGGAGGUCUGUAAAGCUUUAUGGAAAGCUCUACAGCCAGAGUUUCUUCCCAGCCCUUCAGCUGCACAAUGGAAAGGUAUUGCAGCUGAUUUUUGGCGAAUAUGGAAUUUUCCGAACUGUGUCGGUAGCAUAGAUGGAAAACACGUGAAUAUUAAGGCGCCACAGCGCUUCGGGACCAGCAGCAACUUUGUCCUGAUGGCUAUGUGUGAUGCCAGAUAUCGCUUUACCAUGGUGGAUAUAGGGGAACACGAGCGGGAAAGUGAUGGGAGCAUCUUCAGUGAGAGCCGUUUAGGCUCCAAGUUGCUUGAGCACAAACUGAACUUGCCCCCACCAGCCCAUCUUCAAGGAACAGAAGUCAGAAUCCCGCAUGUUGUCGUUGGUAAUGCUGCGUUCCCUCUACAUGACAACCUCAUGGCCCCCAUUCAAGGGACAAGGCUGACCAGGGAAAAACAGAUCUACAACUACCGUCACUCCAGAGCCCGCCAGGUGAUUGACAACACAUUUGGCAUUUUGGUCGCACGGUGGAGAAUCCUCGGUCGACCACUAGAAUUUCUGCCUGACAAAGCGGUGAACGUUGUGAAAGCGUGCAUCGUGCUACAUAACUUCCUUGCCUACAAUGAUGAAGUUAGCACACCUGUCAGUAAGUACAUCCCGGAGGAUUUUGCUGACACGGACACUACUGGGUCGCCUCAGCCAGGUGAUUGGCGAGGAGUCGUAGUCUAUGACUCGAAUCUUUUUGAACCACUAGACUCUCGAUACCUUUCAAGGACCUGGCCCACCAAGACUGCCACUGGUAUCCGAAAUGAUCUGAUGGCCUACUUCUUGUCAUUCCAAGGGCGUUUGCCAUGGCAGGACAACUGCGUGCCUUGGUCAACUUGGUUAGGAAGUUACAAUGAUUCAACAUCGGAAGUAACUGUAAGCCUGUAGGCCUGCGCAUUGCUGCUGUUAAAGUUCUGUUAUUUUAAAACAAGUUGUCAUAAGUUGUCAUGCGUAGGCUACAAUGUGUGCACAAUAAGCCAAGGCUACAAAGUGCAACGCCGUAAAACACUGAAUUAUUGUAUAAACUGUAAAUAACCAGUAUAUGAGUAAUAAAAAAGCAAAGUGACAAACAUUUAAAAAAAAAAAAUGUU